GUUUUACAGCUGACAGUGGUACAGCUGACUCCAGUGAUCACUUGGCGGGGGACAUGAUCACACCAACAACAAUGAAAAGAGGAGUUACUGGGUGGCUAUUAGGGAUGGCGAAGGCUGCACAUUUCCUCCCCACACAGAACCACAUGUAGCAGUAUGCAAGCUUUCGGAACUGUGAAAACCUGGCUUCCAGUUGGAUGAUUGGGAAAUAGCCGUAUACCUGUAGAGCGCAGAGGGACUUUACAACUGAAAUGGUUAGGUUUCACAGAGAGACUGCUUUACACGGGGAUCCCUCAAUAGCAGGACUGUUUUAACGUCAUUUAAGCAAACACUAAUUUCAUUGAUAAUUCUGGAAGAAAAACUCAGACACAUCCCUCCAUAGCAUGACUCCUCGAGAUCACAUAAGAAAGAUGUCUAUCCUUGGGGAGCAAGGAACGCUGGAAGAUAAGCAUUUAUACCAGCUAGCAAGUGGCAUGGCAGCAGGCGAACUGCGACAGCGACAAGAAAUGAUAAUGAGAAACCAGAUGAUGGCAGUAAACCCACAAUUAAUGGGAGCAGGCCAGCAGAGAAUCCAGGCAAUUCCUUCACAGUUCGAACCUCGGUUUGUGGAAAGAGAUUUGUUGCCUUCUACUGAAAUGUUGGCACCAGCUGACCCAAGACAGAUGCACCUAGCUUCCCACCUUGGCCCUUCAGUCCCACAACAUGCGAGCAUGCCAAACCUAAUAUCGAAUCGUGUUUACCAAGGACCAGGAUAUAGUUUUCUUCAGCCAGAGCCCCUGGAAGCUGUGACCAGAAGGCAGGAAUUGGUUCAGAAACAAAAUAUUGCCAGGAUGGAGAUGGAAAUGAGCGCCAUUUUUCAACAAAAAGAAAUAGAAAAAGCUCACCGCAAAGGGCUGCUGGGGCUGGAAGGCCCUUUCCUCUACCACCGCAUCCCAGCCAGCCCAGUUGCUUUCCGCGGGAGACACAGAGUGCCUGAAGGCCACCUUUCUAAUGACUUAUAUGUCAAUCGAACUGGCCUUGAUGAACUUCAUGGCAACACCAUGCUAAUGGCUACCAGCCCCUACCCACCCAUCGGCACUCUACAGAGAGAGCGCGGCCGUCGCCCUGGGAGAAGGGCUGGGAAUCACAAAACCGCCGAUUGUAAUGGCAGCACUACUAAGAGCCAUCCUGAGGACAAGGGCAUGGACCCUGCUUCCACGACUGUCUACGAGGAGAAAGAAGACAAAAAAGAAACCGAGGCAGAGAUGCUCAGCAAGCAUGAACCAAGCAAAGUACACACAGAGCCGUCUGCUGCAUCUGCCAAAAACAACAAGGAAUAUGAACCUGAUCUGAGAAAAAAUUCUGGCACCCACGAAAUGCCCAGUGACGCCAAUGGCUGCAGCAAUGGAAAUGAGAAAGAUCCCAACAACCCUUGUACAGCCUUUGAUGAAAAGUAUGUGUAUCCAUCAGCAUUCACAUUCUCUGCUCUGCCAUAUGGCUUCUCAGUACCUAGCAACCCACUGCUACCCCCAGGUGCUUCCAGCCUGCUUUUAAAUGGAGAAGACAUUUCUUCCAUUGAAGAUAUUCGCAAAUGGACCAUUGAAGAUGUAUACAAUUUUAUCAUCAGCCUUCCAGGGUGUUCAGAGUAUGCACAGAUAUUUAAAGACCAUGGCAUUGAUGGAGAAACCUUACCCCUGCUCACAGAAGAACAUCUCUUGGACACAAUGGGAUUAAAACUUGGUCCUGCAUUAAAGAUUCGGUCUCAGGUAUCCCGGCGCUUGGGCAAUAUGUUCUACAUGAUGAAUUUUCCUUUGUCUGUGCCCACUCCAUCUGCUACAGUCAAGGCUUCUGAUCCUCCCCCAGAUAUUGGAUCUCCUCUUCAUUGUAACAGUACAGGUGAUACUUUGGGCAGUCCUUGCUCUCAGGACCCCGAAACUUCAAAAACAAUGGAACAAAUUGUUGCAGAAAGCAGAGAAAAUACAUCUGACUUAGCUGGAGCUCAGACUGAUUUUCCAAUGAUCAACUAUCAGAAAAACUAGAACCAGUUGUACAGUAAAAUUGAUGGUGUAACAAAGGGCACCAGUGAAUAUAUAAAAUAUUGUGAAAUUUGGAAAUAAGAAAUAAUCUGUGUUUGGCACAGUUUAUUAAAUUAUUUUUUAAAAGAACUGAAAUACAUACAUCUGUGCAAUUAAUUAUAAGUGCAAUUCACUUAGCAAAUAUAAAUACAAUAAAACACACAUACAGGGAAACUGGA